GAUUCCUGACAUCAUAGUCCCCCACAUUCCCGAACGUCACCAACACAGCUUAAUUGUUCUUUCACCAGGAGUUCUGGCAAAACAUCUUCAACAUGUCUUUCGCGCUCCCUAAUCUUCCUUAUCAAUAUGACGCUCUCGAACCGUACGUCGAUUCUACGACGAUGAAUAUUCACCACACCAAGCAUCAUCAGACCUAUGUUAACAACAUCAACAAGGUUAUCGAUGGGCCAAGUGGAUCGGCACUCAAGGGCCUCAGCCUUCCCGCCAUCCAAGCUAACAUCACCAGUCUUCCGGCCGAGAUCCAGACCCCGGUCAUCAACUCUGGUGGCGGCCAUUUCAACCAUGCCAUGUUCUGGACUCUCAUGGGCAGGCCUGGUUCCUGCAACACGGCUCCGGUGGGAUCGAUCAAGGAUAAAAUCAAUGCCGACUUCGGUUCCUUCGAUGAAAUGAAGGCCAAGUUCAAUUCUGCUGCCGCGGCACGCUUCGGAAGUGGAUGGGCCUGGCUUUCCGUAGGCGCUGACGGAAAACUCUUCAUUUCUUCUACCAAGAACCAAGAAAACCCUCUCAUGGCUGGUGUCGUCGACCAGCCUGGCUCCCCCGUUCUCGGCCUUGACGUCUGGGAACAUGCCUACUACCUCAAGUACCAAAACCGUCGCCCGGAAUACAUCUCAGCCUUCUGGAACGUUGUCAACUGGGAUCAGGUCACGAAGAACUAUGACAGCGUGUGCAGCGGUAACACGGCUGUGUUUGAUGUCCCCAUGGCGUAAUAGAUUAUUUGAACAACUGUCAGUAAACAGAAGUCUCCCCUUGGUAACCUAGACGUCCCUGAGCCACUGUGGUGAUUCUUCUUUUUGGUGGUUCGGUGUCCUCAGUCCCACACGCACCUGCCAUUUCGAACUGUAAAUGUCAGCACUUCCAGGAAGA